CGCGGGGCGCUGAGGGGCGGCCCCGAUCUCUGCGGGAGCUCCGUGCGCCGCGGCUCCCGGCAGCGCGAAGGCGGCCAGUCGGAGCGGUUUCAAACUUAGAAAACCGCGCUCUGAUCGCUGGAGCGAACAGACUCUUGCCACCUCGAGUCCGGUUCUUUGAGCGGGCGUCAGGUGCCCGGCUGCUGCUGUGCCGGGGCACAGCCCGUAACGGUUCUGACGGGCAGCUGGGUAGGGCUCCGGGGGCUGCAGCCACCGAGCUCGGUAACUUCAUUUAAAAGCGAUACAAACAGGUGCGUUUUCCCGAUUACAGACAAGCUGCGUUCUUCAGAUGUGAUUGCACUUAAGAAAGAUGCAUGUGGCCUUGCGGUAUUACACACCGCAUUCAUACGUGUGAAUCAGAAGUGCAGAUAUGGCAGGCUGGAAUGCUGGCACUGCUGACAAGGAUUAGUGAUUUGGAACCCUCUUCCCAAACCUAUUUCCCACUUUUUAUGCAUAAGCGAUGCACAGAACACAAACUUAGAUUGCAGUGCAAUUGAUUCUCCUCACGGUGCUCAGUCGAGUUGCCUGUUUUGAGUUCCAUCCGAAUCCAUUGGCAGUGUGGUCUCAGCCUGUUCUGACACUUCAAAACUUCAAGGUACUUCAGAAGCAUUUCUCUCUGCAGUGCCAGUGUUUCUGCACCUGGCAGGACACCUGGGACAAGGGCGCAGAGAUCCGUGCUUUGGGGUGAGCAGCAGUCAGCCUUUAGUAGCCCAUGGCCCUGCGUGUUGGAGGGAACUACUGGGGAUGGUCACAGCCUCCCCACUGCUGUGCUGGCUGAGACGUAGGCUACUGACAGACACCCAGAGGUUUGCCAAGUCUCAGUAUUUAGUCUGCUUUUCUGUUCAGCCCCCUGUGCGGGGUCUGUCAGUUUAAUCAUGGAGGUAUGGGCUGGAAUUUUGGGCAGUUAUUGUUAUUGGUGAUAAUCGUUUAUCAUCUCAGCAUUGGCUUAGGCAUCUAUUUGUGUUCUCACUCAGCAAUUACGUUUUUUGCUUGGAAGCGAUUGCUAAAAUGGUUACUUUCCAACACUCAUUCUUUUCCUGUGCAGCACAAAAAUAAACUGUUUUGUGGAAGCAGAAAUGCUUGGUAGUGGUAGGACUUUGUGCGCUUGCCUAACAUGCUGUUGCAAGGACAGCUAGUGUGGAGAACCAGGAGCUGGAGCUCUGCAUCUCUGCUUGAUCUUGACUUGCUGGGUGAUAUGAGGAGCUGCUUCCCAGGUCCUCUUGAUUUUGUUUGAGAAGUUAGAAUUACCUGCAAUCGCUGGUAAACCAAGAGUCUCGAACGGAGAAUAAUGACAAGCACCUACCUAGAAGGAUAAGGAAAGUUACAGGAUUAAAUGAUCCUUGAUCAUGAAAGCAAUCGCACUGGAGACACAGAAUGCGCGUCUGCUCAAAUGCUGAAAAAGUUAACAGCACUUGCUACCCAUGUGGUGGAAACGUCUGGAUGACUAUGAAUCCACAGCAAACUCUGAGCUGUAUGGCUGCUGCAGCAACACAACAUCCAAGAAAAGAUGAACUUUGAAAUCCGCAUACGGGAAGGCAUCCGUAAACUGCUUACAGUGAGCACACAGAAAGACCAGCUUUUGCAAGCAGUUAAAAACCUGAUGGUCUGCAAUGCACGGAUACAUGCAUACAGGACAGAGCUGCAGAACCAAAUGGAAGGGCCUGUCUCAUGCAGAACUGGAAAGUGGUUGUCAGGUGCUGGGACAAAGGACCGGAUGGCAUGUAGAGGAAAAGUUGCUCUCUCAGAUAUUCGAAUACCAUUAAUGUGGAAAGGCUCUGAUCACUUCAGCAAUAAAGAAAAAUCACAGCGCUAUGCAGUGUUUUGUUUGUUCAGAAUGGGAGCUGAGGUUUUUGAUACAGAGGUGGCAAUUGUGGAUAAAGCAAUAACAGAUAUCUGUUUUGAAAACGUAACCAUAUUUGAUGAAGCAGGACCAGAUUUCCAGGUGAAGGUUGAAGUGUAUAGUUGCUGUACAGAGGAGACUUUAUAUGUAGCAAACACCCCUAAGAAACUAGUAAAGAAGCUUAAAACAUCCCUCAGCAAAGCUACAGGGAAGAAACUCAAAGCUACGCUGGAAGAAGACGGCACUGACUCCAUUUUGCUCUCUGACCCAGUCAUCCAUGGAGCAAAGUACAGUUUACUAGCAUAUACCACUUUGGGGCUGGAGAGUGCCAAGGACAGUUUCAGGACCCACAACCUUACCAUUACAGGAAAUGAGGAAUCUUCUUUUUGGCUCCCCCUGUAUGGAAACAUGUGCUGCCGUUUAGUUGCUCAGCCUUCCUGCAUGGCUAGAGAUAUGAUGACAGGAUUUCUGAAUCAACAGCAAAUGAUAGGAAAUCUAACCAGCUGGAGGAGGCUGUAUUGCGUACUGAGAGGUGGAAAGCUCUCUUGCUAUCACUCACCAGAAGAAAUUGAGGCUAAAGUGGAGCCAGCCCUGAGAGUUUCGAUCAAUAAGGAAACCAGAAUUCAAUCUGUGGAUAAAGACUCCAAAAGAAGAACCAAUAGCUUUUCUGUUAUCACCCCCCUGCCUGGAGAGGCUGCAACGCAACUUUUUGCUACUGACAGUAGGGAAGAGCUUCAGAAGUGGAUGGAGGCUUUCUGGCAGCACUUCUAUGAUCUGAGCCAGUGGAAACAUUGCUGUGAAGAACUUAUGAAAAUUGAGAUUAUGUCACCACGGAAACCACCUUUGUUCCUGACUAAAGAAGCGACCUCUGUCUACCAUGAUAUGAGCAUUGAUUCUCCAGUGAAACAUGAGGGCUUAGCUGAUAUCACACAAAGAAAAAUUGAAGAGAGUGAUGGUGAGUUCCUGCUUUGCCAGCAAAAAGAGCCUGCGUCUUCCUUCUGGGCUUCACUCUUUGAUGGAUCUCACGAGAUGGUUGUUCAGAAAAAUAUGCAUACUGCAAGUCCUAAUGAUGGCAGAGGGAAGAAAAGAAGAGCUCCACCUCCACCCUCUGAUAAACCAGCGUACAAUGCAAAAGCACGUGGGAACGCAGAGGAACGGGACAAGGAGAACUGGGAGAGGCCUGAUGGCACAUCUUGCAGUUCUUUAGAUUCAGUGUUAUCUAUGGAAACACAACAGUUGCAGGCACCCGCUGCUGCUCCUCGCAGAAUCUGUCCUUGUAGGAAAAACAGUUUGGCUGACCAUAGGAAUCCUGUGUCUUUGGUUACUAAAACAGAGUCUGAAACCAAACCGGUACCAACCCCUAGACAGAAAUGCAUCACACAAGUGCUAGACCCUAGGUCACGGUUACAGCCACAGACUUAAUUACUGGCUUAGAAAAUUCCCUGGAAUUUUAAGUUCUUCAGCCUUAUACUGCAACUUCUGAGUGAAAAUUAGUAUUGGCAUAUAGUUUCUAAAUACUGAGGCUAAAGCCUUGUUGCUUGGUUGCUUUGUUGUUCUGUUUCUCUGUUUUUGGUCUUUUAUCUAGAACACUACUACUAGCUGCAUUAUUCAUUUACUUGUUAUUGCUAACAUCUGAAUAAUUACACAAAUAAUGGGGAAGGGUUUAUCUCUAUCUCAAAUAAUGAUGCUAUUUUUGAAACAGUGUUUCAGUACUUUUCCCUUGAAAAACUGUCAGUAUUCAGGGUAUCUCAGUGUCUGUGCUGCAGGGAUUUUACUGUGGGCAUUUCCCAGUCCCUCUGCUUAUCCCGUCUGCAGCUCCUUAAACUGAUUCAACAGGGAAUUUCAGAUAUUCAACACCAGUCUCCCAGAACUGAUUUUCCUGUGCUUCGUGCUUGGUUUCACCUGAAAUAUUCCCAUAUCUCCCUCAAUGUUUAAGAACUGCUGCUUGUAAGAUAAUGUGCUGUGAACAGUUACUGCACACUUCUGAAUGGCUCUGGAUGAGUUUCUGAAGCAGUGCUACCCAUUUAACGGGAUCUCUGUGGUCCUCUGUGCUGCGUGCACGUCUGAAUGGACUGCGCCUGUCUGCGUACGAGCAAGAAUGGAAUCCAUCAGUAUGGUUUACUUUGGACUAACACAAACACGUCAAAGCAGUACUGCCUACGAAUACCUAUUUGGGAUUUUUUUUUUUAAUCUUUUUUUUUGAUGAAUGAGGCUUUGUAGCAUCACUCCUCCUUCACGGAACUUCUCAGCUGUUCCUUGUAGAUAGCUUUUUGUAAAGGUGACGGCAUUACUGGUAAACAAAUAGGUUUUUUAUUUCCCCACUCAUUUUUAAAAAAGAGAACAAAUUCUUCAGUUGAAAAUAUUGAACUCUGAUGUUCUUUCGUCACCAUUCGCCAUUUUUAUAAGAAGUGUGGGUUAUUAUGGUUCCUGUGGCACCUGCAAAAAAUCUAUUUAUGCAGAAAAGAUUCCUUUUUCCUGGAUCCACAGCUUAAAUAUCCAGCCCUUUCCUUGCCUGAUGCGUUUCUCUCAGAAGCUGGAACUCAGCCAGGAGCAAAGGUCUGCUUGCAGAUUUUCCUCUAGAGCCUUAGUAUUCAGACUUGUGUUGAGUCAUAUCAGCAACUGUAUACAUACACUUCAUUUUUUUUUUUUUUUUUUGAAAGUACAGAUGGCUUUGGGAGCUUUACCAUUUCUCUGGAAGGUAUUGUGUGCGUGGUUGGUUAGUUUGUUUAUCUAUUUUUUGUCUUUUGCUAAGCUCUUGCUAUACAGUUGUAAAGGUAUCUGCUGCAUUUCCUCAGUAGUUCAUUGGCUGUUUGGGACGGAAUUUGAUGGGCAGGUUUCAUUUACAAAUCCCUUGGUGGGAUUAGAACCCUCUGUUUAAGAAAUGUCAUUGUUCGUUCUUCAUUUAAUCACAUUCCAUUUUCCCUUGGAAACAGCCAUAAUAAUUCUUACAACAAAUCGUGCUGUUACUUAAGUGGAUGGUUUGUGAAUGGUUUAUAAAUAGGAACAGAAAAACUGAAGAAUAACGAUGUGAUUAUGUAAAUUAGACACAGUCACUAAGUGGACUGUGCAAUUCUGAACAAGAAAUAGGGAAAAAUAAACAUAGGGGAAAGAAGGUGCAGCUGCAGAUUAUUUAGCUUUAAAUCUAGCAUUAAAUGUAACUCUCCUACAAAAAAAAAAGAAUAUCUUUUUUCGUGGUAACCCCCUUCCAAUUAGUUGCUAUAUUUCAAAAUAAAUCUCUUAAAUA